GGUCAGAGACACAGAGAUCUGCAGAGCUGAGAGUGAGAGGCACUGAGGAGGGAACAUACACUUUUACUGACUCACAGAGACACAGAGAGACACACACAGACACACACAGAGACACACACAGACACACACAGAGACACACAUAGACACACAGAGACACACACAGAGACACACACAGAGACACACACAGAGACACUCAGAGACACUCAGAUACAAAAACAAGUGACCUAUUCUUCCCACACCGAACACAGUUGUAGAUCAUCCGAACAUACACACGUCUCUGGACUCUGGACUCACCGUUCGAGGAUUCACCCCUGAAGGACUCUGUUUCCCAUCAUGCACCAGCGGAGCCUCCCUGAGCCCCAGGGGGUCUCCCCCACACUGCAGGGGGUCUCCAUGCAGCGGGGGGUCUCGCCCCAGCGAAGGACUCCCCGGGAUAGAGAAUCUUUGUGGAGCUCCAGGCGGAGAAGGGGGUCAGGGCUGUGCCUGUGUCCGCCGAGCAGAGCCCCUCUCUGGGCAUGGGUCCUGCUGGCAGCCCUGCUGGUUCCUGGAGCCCGGAGCUUUCUGAGCGAGGAGCAGGAGGAGCUGCUGGUGGAGCUGCAUAACCAUUACAGAGGACAGGUUUCUCCCAGCGCCUCCGCCAUGCUGCCUCUGAGAUGGGAUCCCAGUCUGAAGCUGUUAGCCGAGGGCUACGCUGCUAAAUGUGUGUGGAACCACAACCCCGACCUGGAGGACACUGGAGAGAACCUGUACGCUGGGACCGGGCAGCUGGACCUCCGGGAGGCGCUGGAGAAAUGGUUCCUGGAACAUCUGGACUAUGACUUCCAGAACAACAGCUGUGAUGAAGACAAGAUGUGCGGACAUUACACACAGAUGGUGUGGGCUGAUACUCACCGAGUGGGUUGUGCGUUCCACCUCUGUAACAACAUGGAGGGUCUGGACUGGGAGAGAGUCUCCUUCCUUGUCUGCAACUACUACCCAGCAGGGAACUUUGAGGACGAGCGGCCGUUUGUUGAAGGAGACUGGUGCUCCAGAUGUCCUGAAAACCUGCAGAAGUGUGAAAACAACCUGUGUGUUGCUGACACAGUGGAGGAAGAGGAGGAUGAAGAGGAAGAGGGGACAGCUCCUCCUUCAGACCUUCCCUCCAUCCAGCCUGCAGAGGAAACAACAUAUUAUAUCCAGCUGCUCACCACCAGUACUCCUAGUACUCCUAGUACUCCCAGUAUUCCCAGUAUUCCCAGUACUCCCAGUACUCCUAGUACUCCUAGUACCUCUUCCUCCAUACGGGACUCUGAGGACAUGCAACAGCCGGGAACCCUCGCUCCGGACGUCCUGUCAACUCCACCUGGUACAGAGGAGACGAGGGGGGGUGAGGAGGAGGAGGAGGGGAAGGAGGAGGAGGAGGAGGUGAAGGAGGAAGAGGAGGAGGAGGAAGAG